UGUCGCAGUUUGUUUACAUACCCGGGUACUUCCUGUCUGUGUGUAGCUGUGAGCACAGCGAGCUAACCCGCUGUUGAAAGGUCUCAGGUCGGCUUUCAGUAUGGGAUGCGACGGUGGAACGAUUCCCAAAAGACACGAGCUGGUGAAAGGCCCGAAAAAAGUCGAGAAGGCCGAUAAAAAUGCAGAGCUAGCCGCCAAAUGGAAAUACUGUGCCUUGAGCCAGGAGAAACUCAGACGUCCCAUCGUUUCCUGUGACCUGGGAAGGCUCUUUAACAAAGAUGCUAUCAUUGAAUAUCUUCUGGAUAAAACUACAGAGAGACCCAACACUGAGACUGUUACGCACAUCCGUGGGAUAAAGGACAUUAAAGAGCUGAACUUGACCGAUAAUCCUGAGUGGGAGGGAGAAAGAAGAAAUGCUAAAGGAGACCGUUAUGAGGACAUCAACUGUGGCAUGUUUAUUUGCCCUGUUGUUGGGUUGGAGAUGAAUGGCAAGCACAGAUUUUGUUACCUGCAAACCUGUGGCUGUGUCUUCUCAGAGCGAGCCCUGAAGGAGGUUAAGACAGAAAUCUGCCAUAAGUGUGGCGACCCGUUCAAACACGAGGACAUUGUUUUUCUCAAUGACACCAAGGAGGAGGUGGAGAAGCUGAGGGAGAGGAUGGAAGCAAAGCGAGCUAAAGCCAAAACAAAGAAAUCAAAGAAGAACAAGGAAGUUGAAACUGCAUCUACACCAGCAGACGAGGCUGGACCCUCUGGAACCUCCGGCUCCUCUGAAGGCGCAAAGUCCUCGACAGCCUCCGGCACCAAGAGGUCCGUCCAGACCAUGGAGGAGAAGUCCGAGGUCUUCAAGUCCCUGUUCACGACCCACAGCUCUGCCAAGCGCACUAAAGAUCAGACAUCGAACUGGGUUACCCACACCCCGUAUCACUUCUAGUAACUCUCACCCGGUAAAACAAAGACAACCAAUUUUAGAUUGCUCCAGAAAUUGUGACCCAUUUACAAUAGAUUACUGAUGAAUCUGGUUCAACAAACCCAGCUCCGACACACACACACACACACACACACACACACACACACACACACACACACACACAAUGAUAGUUUGGAACCAACAUUGGUCCUCAAAAUAAUCGAAAGACGAGUAUAUGCAUACAAAUACACAGACAUACGCGUACAUGUACAAUCACAUGUAUUACCCUCAUGACCUUUAAUAACGCCACCAAUGAGUGGACUCCUUCCCUAUUUUUCUCUAGAGUCCCCAGUAGCUCCGUGUUUACAUCUUGUGAGCAUUUUGUUAAUGACUCCCCAAGCUGUUCAGACUCUUUGUUUUGUAACCUAAUCCCCCCCCCCCCAAGUAUUCCCCUGCAUCAGUGUGUCCUAAGUCACCGGUGCUUUGAGAAUUGAUGCCAGGGUGACUUCCUCAUCACUGUCACUCUGCUGUCUCCUAGUGGAGAGCCUAUAUAUAGGCUUGAUGUCACUCACAGGUCCACAUCUCUAAAGCAGCUCCUGCUGGGGUUUGAGUGAACACUGUGUUAUUAUUUUUUUUAAUAAUCUUCUGUGUGACUUUUUUUUUCUUAUUUUACAUCUUCUGAGCGAAUGUCAAAAUAAAUUUAUAUUCAAGUA